AUGUAUCGACCCACGAGCAGCCUUCCGUCGCAUCUGCGCCAAUCGUCACUGUCGACCUCAAACUCGCAAACAUCCGCCCUGCAGCAGCGCAUCAACGAGAAACGUGCCGAGCUGGAGAACCUCAAACAACUGCGCGAACUCAGUGCUGGUCUUGCUGGUCAGAUGGAGCAGCUGGAGGAGAAAUUGUCCACUCUCUCUGAUGGCACCCAGGCCAUCGCAACCGUCCUCUCCAACUGGCAUACCGUGCUCAGAGCAAUUCACAUGGCUUCCGCCCACAUUGCGAAGCCGAACCAAGAGACUGAAUCCGAAUCUGAACAACAACUUCCUCUGCCUCAGACCCUCGUCAGAAUACCCAUGCAGCACGUCGACCAGUCCGAGCCAGCUCAGUCUGAAAAUGACGACGAAUCGACUGUCAAAUGA